AUGACCCCGGCGCGGAGAGACGGAGGAAGGGCCCCGCGCAGGCGCAGCCGAGCCCUCUGGGCUGCCCGCGGCGCGCCUGAGUGGCGCGGCUGCAGGCUCGGCCGAGACCCAGGGACCGGGAAUAAUUUAAUGAGCAUUAAGCGGACUGACAACGGAAAAGAGAAACUGCCUUGUAACAGGUCCCGCCCCUCUCUCUACUCCCUUUCUUAUAUCAAGAGGGGAAAAACACGGAACUACCUCUACCCCAUCUGGUCACCAUACGCCUAUUACCUCUACUGUUACAAAUACCGGAUCACCCUCCGGGAGAAGAUGCUGCCUUGUUGUUACAAAAGCAUCACGUAUAAAGAACAGGAGGACCUGACACUCCGGCCCCAACGCUGCUGCCUCCCGUGCUGCGUCCCGUGCUGCCUCCAGUGCUCCGAGUCCCUAGGAGGCCUCCAGGUGGGCAGAAGCACUGAGCAGGAAAAAGACCACGGCCAGCUUAAAGAACUGUACUCAGCUGGGAACCUGACAGUGCUAACAACUGACCCCCUGCUUCACCAAGAUCCAGUUCAGUUAGACUUCCGCUACCGUCUCACCCCCCAUUCCUCUGCUCAUUGGCACGGCCUUCUGUGUGACCACCGACUCUUCCUGGAUAUCCCAUAUCAGACCUUGGAUCAAGGCAACCGAGAAAGUUUGACAGCAACACUGGAGUAUGUGGAGGAGAAGACCAAUGUGGACUCUGUGUUUGUGAACUUCCAAAAAGACCGGAAGGACAGAGGUGCCCUGCUGCGAGCCUUUAGCUACAUGGGCUUUGAGGUGGUCAGACCAGAUCAUCCUGCUCUCCCUCCCUGGGACAAUGUCAUCUUCAUGGUGUAUCCCCUUGAAAGGGACCUUGGCCGGCCUGGCCAGUGAGCCUCCCUGAACAUGUUUGUUCCAUCUCUGUGAGGGGCCAGAAACCUCAACACACGGGACUCUGGGGCCCAGGAUGUGACUUAAGACACUUCCAUCCUAGGAAAUAAAGAUAGUGCAAUCAAAGUGUUCACUAUUUCUUGAGGGGAGGGAAUGUUGGACUGGAAUAUGAACCUCAUAGAGAUAAAUCCACUGAAGGAUAUGACUGAAAAGAUCAGAGUGACCUGAGUCAGACAUGGGAGGGCUCCUUUGCCUUCUCCUAAUCCCUAAAUCAUUUUUCCAUUCCCAUUUAGUAAGCACCUGCCAAGAUCAAUGAUCAGUCAACUAGAAAGUUCAGAAGGACUAAGCCUUGCUAAGAUUUAUUUAUAUAUUUCAAUUCAAACUAGAAAUGAGUACUAAUUCCUUCUCUUUUGAUGUGGAGAAAACCAGAGAAAGCAUAUACAUCCUAAGGGAUAGUGUUACAGCAGAUAACAGAAGAGACAUUCCAGACAGGGUGUGUACUGGGGUGUACUGGAAAAAUGGUAAUGGGUAUAUUAAAAGAAUAGGGAUUUUUUUUUUGAGACAGGGUCUCAUGUAGCCAGGCUGGCCUCAAACAUGCUAUAUAGUAGAGAAGGGCUUCACAUUGAUCUUGCCACUUCUACCUCCCAAGUGCUGAGAAGAGGUGUGUGCCAUAAUUGGGUUUAAUUUUUCUUUUAUUUUUAGAUUUAUGUGUAUGAAUGUUUUGCCUAUGUGUGUAUAUACAUUAUAUAUGUAUGUAUAUAUAUAUACAUACAUACACACACACACACACACACACACACAAUGUGCACGCCUGGUGCCCACAGAGGUUAGAUUACUAGAUCCCUUGGGACUGGACUUACAAGAUGGUUGUGAGCCACCGUGUGGAUGCUGGCAGCUGGACCUGGGUUUUCUGUGAGAGCAGCCAGUGUUAACCUCUGAGCAUCUCUCCAGCCCCACACAAUUGGUUCUAAUGAGCUUUUAUAUCAUGCACUGCAGGUCCUGUGACCUCCAUCCCUGAGGGAAAGCAGCACUGAGAAACUAGGACUGAAUGGCUCCAGAGCCUGUUGUAACUCCAAUGCCAGACAGCACACGUCAGUGAUUCACCACAGCUGGAACCUGAAACAUUAACAGCCUGUCUAGGGUCCUCCAAGACUCUAAGAUAUGCUCAAACUGCUCCUUCCUUGAUGUCUUUCUGCUAAUUGAGUCCAAGAAUUUGAACUCAGGACAUGGCAAAUGACAAAGAAGUGCUAUAUCACUGAGCUACAACCCUGCCUCCUCUCACUUUUUGAGACAGCCAUCUUACUAAGUUGCUCAGGCAAUGCCUUUAACUUUCACUUUCCUGCCUUGGUCUCCAAGUAGCUGGUUUAUAGGCCUGGGCUACCAGGCAUGGCUACUAACCCUAGAGUUUAAAAAGACCCAUGUGUUCCUUUUAGGUUUUCCAGUUUACCUCACCUUGUUUCCUAAUGUUCAUUUGUUAUAUCACUGUGCAUUCAUAUUUAAUUUUAAGUAGUCACAAUUCUCAGUGGAGUCUUACAAUAUCAGCAAUGAAGAGAUGCUAGAAGGAAACAGGGCACCUAAAGUCUUUCAGUAAGUUUACAGUGAAGACCUAUUCCUAGAACCCAGGUUUCUAGAAUCCUAAUCCAGGCCUUCUCUUACAGUGUAGGUGGGUUUUGUGUGCAUAGCUGAAACUGGUAUGGUGCUGAGGGAGUGGCUGACUUCUGAAGUAACCUUAAGGGAAGACUAUGAAUGU